AUGGAGAGUAUACACUCCCGCUGGGUGGCAAAGCCAUCUGACUGUGAUGUUUUAUUGGACGGCAGCGAGGUGGGCGACCUCCCAGCCGGUUGCCAACUGACAGGCUGGAGACGCGAGGCUAUAAAGGUCGCAGAUGGUCAACCUGCGAUGGCAAUUACGCCUCAGCUCCAAGUCCCUGGAGCCAAGCUGCUGCACUGUCAAAACAACGCAAUGGCAGAGUCUAACCAUCAUGCCCUGCCUCUGACAGAUGCUAGCUUCAAGGCAGAGUUCCUCCGCACCCACAAUGAGCUGCGUGCUAAGCACGGAGCACCACCCCUCACCCUGACCAACGAGCUAAAUAAAUCUGCACAAGAAUGGGCAGACUACCUGGAGAACAUCAACAAGAACAACACCAGGAUGACGCUGAAGCACAGCGACAGCAAGAACGGAGAGAACCUCUACUACUACUCCAGCUCCAGAGCCUACAGCCUCACAGGUAAAGAAGCGGUGCAAAGCUGGUACAAUGAGAUUAAGGACUACGACUUCAGUGACCCUGGUUUCGCUGGUAACACAGGCCACUUCACCCAGGUUGUGUGGAAGUCUACAACUGAGCUUGGUGUGGGUGUCUCUAAGGUUGGAAACGCUACCUUUGUGGUGGGCCAGUACAACCCUGCAGGGAACUUCAUGAAUGAGGGCUAUUUUGAAAAGAAUGUCCUCCCUGCCGCAUAAACAGAUCUCUCUGUGCUCUGAUCAGCGUCACAGUGUUGGACAAGUGUAUGGUUGACUAAAAAAUAAUUAUGUCACAGCUAGAAAGUACUACAAA